CAUCCGAUCCAACACGUCUCUCACCAAAAUAUCAAUCCCCAAUUAAUCUUUCUCACUCACUAACACACACAGUUAUGGGUGUAAUCAUAAUCGACGGUUCGACAGUCCGUUCCUUCGUAAACGACGAACCCCACUUCAAAUCAAGCGUCGACACACAGUUCACAUCCUUGGACACCAACAACGACGGCGUUUUAUCCCGGUCCGAGAUGCGGAAAGCCUUCGAGUCCAUGCGGUUGCUGGAAACCCACUUCGGGGUGGACAUCGCCAUGCCGCCUGAAGAACUAACUAAGCUGUAUGAUUCGGUGUUUGCGAGCUUUGAUGGAGAUCAUAAUGGUACUGUUGAUAAAGAUGAGUUUAGAUCCGAGAUGAAGAAGAUCAUGUUGGCUGUUGCUGAUGGGUUGGGAUCUUCGCCUAUCCAGAUGGCUGUUGAAGAUGAUGAUCAGAGUUUCUUGAAACAGGCUGCCGAUUUGGAAGCUGCUAAGUUAUCUGGUGCUGGCGGUUCAUGAUAUAAUUUUUGUAUCUAAUAAUAAAGAGGUUUACAUUUUGUGUUAUGUGGAGUCGAAUAAAAAUGUCAAGAUCAGUACUUCAAUCGUGUUGGAAGUUGAAACCAUGUGUUCUUAUUUCUGACUUUCUGCAAUGAUCCUUAUCAAGUGAAUUUUAUUUCUUUUAAAAUAAA